AUGACCUAACCCCCUUUUUCUCACUCUAUCUCUCUCUUCCUUCACUUGGUUCAGUAAUAUCUAUCUCUUUCUCUCUCUCAAUCCAUUUCUCUAAUUUCGAAUCUACCCUCUCACCAUGGACCCAACUUGGAUCUCUCCUCCACCUCCUGCUCCGCCUGCUCCUCCGGCGAUCUCUGCCAGCGUCCCCUUCACCCUCGAAGCAAACAAUCACAUGCCCCCCCUGGCCGACAACGCCACCGAAAACCCCAACCCCAACCAUCCAUCGUAUGACGAGAUGAUACACGCAGCAUUAGGGGCCCUGAAAGAGAAGGAUGGGUCGAGCAAGAGAGCAAUAGGAAAAUACAUAGAGCAAACAUACAAAGACCUUCCACCCACUCACUCAGCUUUGUUGACUCACCACCUCAACCGCUUGAAGGCUUCUGGACACCUCGUUAUGGUCAAAAAAUCAUACAAACUUCCUGGAUCUCAUCCCUCCCAACCUUCUUCUCCCCAAACUCAAAGGCCACGCGGUCGACCCCCCAAGCCCAAACUCCCAACCCAGCCCCAAUCCCAGCCCACCGAACCAGUCUGGGCCGCCCUAGGCCUUUCCGACGACCCUGCAGCUCAAUCCGCCAAAAGAGGCCCUGGUCGUCCUCGAAAAAUUGGAGCUCUGCCUGUGGGCUCUCCCGUCCCUGGCAGGAGAGGCCGCCCUCCUGGCUCUGGGAGAUCUAAGUUGCCCAAGAGGCCCGGCCGUCCUCCCAAGCCCAAAUCCGUCUCCGCCUUCUCCAGUGGGCUCAAGCGGCGUCCAGGCCGCCCGCCCAAAAUCCAGUCAAACCUAACCGUCAUCCCCUUCGCUGCUCCUGUUUCUUCUGUCACCGCCGGCCUCCCCACAGUACCGCCAGCUAUUCCAUCUGCUUCUGUACCCAAUGGGUCUCCCAGACCCAGAGGGCGACCCAGGAAGAAUGCUGCUGUUGUCGGAGUUAUGUCACUGAGUACUGUCGGUGCUGCACCCCGCGGUCGCGGCCGCGGCCGCGGACGUGGACGCAAGGUCUUGCCGGUGAUGAGGCAGGGCCGUCCUCCGAAGCUUGCUGUGGGAAGGCCGGUGGGCCGCCCUAAGGGAGCAACAGAUGCUAUCACAGCACAGAAGGCUGCUAAUGAAGAGCUAAGGGGGAAACUUGAACACUUUCAAUCUAAAGUGAAGGAAUCUCUUGGUGUGCUUAAGCCUUAUUUUAACCAUGAAAGUCCAGUCACUGCAAUUGCAGCAAUUCAAGAUUUGGAAGUACUGGCAACUAUGGACCUUAAAGCACCAUUAGCUGAUGAAACUCAGCAACUUCAGCAGUCCCCACAGCAAAUGCCACAGCCACAGAUGUAUGAACAGCAAUAUCCCCAGAUAUCUACUCAGCCACAGCUACAGCAAUUUUUCCAACCACAUACAUCAGCCCUGAGCUAGAGGGAAUUUUAUGGACCAGAAUUUGAUGGAGAACCACUUGUACAAGUGUUUUUAACAAGGCUCAAGAGGUAAAAGAUCUGUAAAGGGCGUAGGAAGUAGCUGUACUGAUUUUUCUGUGAGUGAAAUGACUGUGUCCAUGUUAGUUUGCUGUUGUGCACCUUUAGUUUGACCCCUCAAGUAUUUACUUGAAUAUAACUAGUAGGUACUGAUGAUUCAGUUGUUAUUCAAGAAAUAUUUAUUCGAAUUUUACAGCUUACUGUAAUCACAUUAAUGUGUAUGUUGGUCUCAUUUAAGCUUAUUAUUCUUUCUAUCUGUCUCCCCGUCGUUUGGGGUCUUAUUUUUUAAGUAGUUAUUGCCUGCUAUUUCUAAUGAUUGUGUGGUUGUACUUGUA